AUGCUUCGUAAUAAUCGGCGCUCAUCACUUGUUGGCUCACAACAUUCCAUUUCAUCCAGACGAUCGUCGUGUAAUUUAAAGGAUAUUGAACGAAUUCAAAUUGCCGAAGCACAGUUUCUUCAAUUGUUAUGGUCUGAAAGCGAUGUGCUGUAUCAAAUUUUUCCGUCACCGUUUUGUUCGGUAGCCUGGAAAAUCCUUACUUUUAUCACACUUCUGCAACUUAUCUUUUAUCUUAUUUUACCCAAAGACGUUGUUACAAUCGUCAACAGUAUGGGAGAACGAGAAUGGCGUCCGGUGAAUUCGUUUCAGUCAUGCCUUCUUGUAAUACUGUUGUUUAUCUUUGGUUCAGCUUUGGGCUUUUAUAAAGCUUCCAUCAUUUAUAUGAAUUGGACUCAGAUUUUAUCGUUGCUAAAUUUUAUAUCCAUGAUUAUAGUUUUAUUGCUGUAUAUACGACAACGAAGUGAUGAUGCUGAUACCUCUGAUAUUAUCAGCGGUUUGUUUUUUGGCACUGAUCUAACGCCAACAAUUUUUUCGGUUGAUCUCAAACACUUUAUCACCUAUAGAAUUGCUCGAACUUUAUGGCCAUUAUAUAUCAUCUCAUCCGUAUACUACAAUUAUUCAUUUUAUGGAGGAAUCAAUAAUAAUUUACUGUUCUGUGCAAUUUUGCAGCUUAUUUAUAUUGGUAAAACACAUUGGUAUGAGCAUUUGCAGUAUAGUCAAUUGGAUGCUCAGAAUAAGAAAGCGGGAUUUUUCUACAUAUGGGGAACUCUUGUACUUUAUCCCGCGUUCUAUGCGACACCGGUAACAAUGCUUGCACAAAGGAAAAUAGUAUUACCUUUGCCAAUCAAUAUAGCAGUGCUCUUCAUUGGUAUCAUCGCGGUGUAUAUUACGGUUGAUAGUGAUCGACAGCGUGUACAAUUCAGACUUGCCAAUGGAAAUAUGAAAGUUUGGGGUGAAGAUCCAUUUUUUAUUACCGCCAAAUAUCGGCGUAAGAAUGGUGAAAUUGCUGCAAAUUUACUUUUGGGAAGCGGCUGGUGGGGAUUGUGUCGACAUCCAAAUUAUUUCUGUGAAUGGCUCACAUUUGCUUGUUGGACAAUUUUACAAGGGACAAAUACAUUUUUCACUUGUCUUCCACUUUUAUUUCUAACAUGUUAUUUGUACUUACGAUUAAAACAGGAUGAACUAAGAUGCUUGGCAAAAUAUGGACCAUACUGGUUGCAGUAUCGAAAUCGAGUGAAAUGUUUGCUCAUCCCUUCGCUAUUUUAA